GGGGCGGCCCCCGUGUUCCGCGCCCGCAGGAGCCGGCCCCGGGGUGGGGGCGGGCAGCGUCCUGCGCCGCGCCGAGCAUGCGAGAGCCGGCGAGCCGGGCUGCAGCGGCCGCGGUGGCGGAGCCAUGCUGCUGGCCUCGGCCGUGGUGGUGUGGGAAUGGCUGAACGAGCACGGGCGGUGGCGGCCCUACAGCCCGGCCGUCAGCCACCACAUCGAGGCUGUGGCCCGCGCCGGGCCGCGGGCAGGCGGCAGCGUGGUGCUGGGCCAGGCCGACAGCCGCCUGGCGCCCUACAUCAUCGACCUGCAGUCCAUGCACCAGUUCCGCCAGGACACCGGCACUAUCCGACCUGUCCGGCGCAGCUACUAUGACCCAUCUUCAGCGCCAGGCAAGGGAGUUGUCUGGGAGUGGGAGAACGACAGUGGGACGUGGACGCCCUACGACAUGGAUGUGGGUAUCACCAUCCAGCGUGCCUACGAGAAACAGCACCCUUGGGUGGACCUGAGUGCCAUUGGCUUCUGCUAUGUCAUCGACUUUGCCACCAUGGGCCAGAUCAACCGUCAGACCCAGCGCAAGCGCCGUGUUCGCCGCCGCCUUGACAUGGUCUAUCCUCUGGUCUCAGGCACCCUGCCCAAGUCACAGUCCUGGCCGGCCAGCCCUGGUGCGGCAGCAGCCCCCCCAGUUCCAGCCUGUGCCUGUCCCCAGUGUCUCCUGGUCAUGAGUGUCAAAGCCACUGUGUCAGCUGCUGGCCCUGGCACUGCCACCCUGCAGACCCGCAAAGUCCCCCCUGCGCCACCCGCCACCUCCAAAGCAGCAGUGCCAGCCCUGGGGGCCAAGGCACCGGACAGCGUGGCUGCGGUGCGUGGCUCACUGCAGCCGCUGGCAGCCCAAGGCAGCCGGCGCCAGGCAGGCAGCACGCCGGCCUUGAGCUCAGCCAGCACCACCUCCAGUCCCCCUGGCGUGGGCAGCAGCAAAGCUUCCCGCCCUGGCCUUGGCACCCUGAACCGCAGCCACCUCCAGCGCCUGGCCAUCGCCCAGUCCCGUGUCCUCAUUGCCUCUGGGGUCCCCACUGUCCCUGUGAAGAACCUCACAGGCUCUAGCCCCGUCAACCCAGCACUGGCAGGGAUCACAGGGAUCCUAAUGAGUGCAGCCGGGCUACCCGUCUGCCUGACGCGGCCCCCCAAGCUGGUGCUGCACCCCCCUCCUGUCAGCAAGAGUGAGAUCCAGUCCAUCCCUGGCAUCUCCCACUCCUGCCGCAAGACCACCAAGAAACAAGCCAAGAAGGGUAAAACUCCAGAGGAAGUACUGAAAAAAUACCUGCAGAAGGUGCGGCAUCCGCCGGAUGAGGACUGCACCAUCUGCAUGGAGCGCCUCUCUGCACCCUCUGGCUACAAGGGACCCCAGAUGGCCAUCAAGCCUGACCUGGUGGGCAAGCUGGUGAAAUGUGGCCAUGUCUUCCACCUCCACUGCCUGGUCGCCAUGUACAACAAUGGCAACAAGGAUGGAAGCCUGCAGUGUCCCACCUGCAAAACCAUCUAUGGGGUGAAGACGGGGACACAGCCCCCAGGGAAGAUGGAAUAUCACAUUAUCCCUCAUGCGCUGCCUGGCCACUCUGACUGCAAAACCAUCCGCAUCAUCUACAACAUUCCCCCAGGGGUGCAGGGACCGGAGCACCCAAACCCUGGGAAGAGCUUCACCGCCCGUGGCUUCCCGCGGCACUGCUACCUGCCAGACAGCGAGAAGGGCAGGAAGGUACUGAAGUUGCUGCUGGUAGCCUGGGACCGGCGCUUGAUCUUUGCCAUUGGGACCUCCAGCACCACAGGCGAGUCAGACACGGUGAUCUGGAAUGAGAUCCACCACAAGACAGAGUUUGGCUCCAACCUCACUGGCCACGGCUACCCCGACAUCAACUACCUGGACAAUGUCCUGGCUGAGCUUGCGGCCCAGGGCAUCACAGAGGAGAGCCUGGCACAGGAGAAGGACUGAGACCACAGCAGUGAGGCCAGGGAAGGGGCACCUGUGCCACUCCCGAGGAUAAACCUGCUGAAGAAACCCACCUGGGUGCUUUGCAGGGAGCACCUGGGACCCCUGCUCCUGGUGGCACCCACCCAGUGAGAGCAUCUGUAGACUGGCUGGGAAUCUGAGAGAAGGUCUUUUUGGACAUCCCCUUUGCUCCUGUGGGAAAGCCUUGCCCCACAGAGCUGCAGGGCUUUACGCUGGCCCUGCCAUCCCCUCUGGCUGGUGUCCUGUCCCCCCUGCUGCUGUGCCAAGGGCUUGGGGGGUGCCAGAUUCCCCUCUCUUCUCGUCCAUGGAUGGUCCGAGCUUGGCUUGAUGCCGCUGGCAUCCAUCUGGGGUUGGGACCUGGCCUGGGGUGGGAGUGGGCCCAUGGGAGUCCCCCUUGCUCUGCCUCUUCCCUCAGCCAUCUGUUUGUUCAUUUGUCCUGUCUGGUACCUCCCCACUGGUCUCCUGUGUCCAUGGAGGUUGGGGGCCCCGGUCUGCUCUGGCUGGCCCCUAGCCCUGUGCCCUCUUCUCCUCUUGGCUGUGUCUGAGCUGUGCCCUGCAGGGUUCCCUUGUCUGGGCUGCCCCCAUCCUGUGCCAGGGAGGGAAGGGCAGGGUGGGGGGAGAGGGGGAGCAUGUUUCCUGGCCCAUCUCCUGCCCUCCGUUUAGUGGGUUCCUUGAACUGUUCGUAUGGGGGAAUCCCCGCAGUGAAUUUUUAUAUACCUCG